UUCCCUACAUAUAGGUCCCGCGGUUUAUGGUACCUUAAAAAAAUUAAAAAAGAAGGAAAAAGAUUCAUUUUGAUUCUAAGCACUUUUUCUUCGUUCUUAACCCUCAUCAUUCUCUAUAUACACUCUGCAUAUCCAUUCACCGCCGGCACUACCGCCGUCGAAGCCACAGAGCACGUACCCAAAAACAAAAUGAAGAGAAUUCUUGAUUCCGAUGCGACAAAGAGGAAAAAGAAGAAGAAGAGGAAGAGAGUGGUUUCUCCAUAUUUUGAACGAGUAGAAAGUACAAUAUCUAAAGUUGACAGUAAUCUUGCAUUUAAUUCUCAUGACUAUGAGAGAAAAACGAAAAAGAAGAAAAAGAAGAGAGUGGUCUCUCCCUAUUUUGAACGAGUAGAAAGUACAAUAUCUAAAGUUGAUAAUAAUCUAUCAUUUGAUUCUCAUGACCAUGAGAGCAAACAGAAGAAGAAGAAGAAGAGAAAGAAGAAGAAGGGAGUGGUUUCUCCUUAUUUUGAACGAGCAGAAUGUAUGAUAUCUAAGGAUGAGCCAGUUGACAAUAAUUUAACAUUUGAUUCUUAUGACCCAGUCGAAGAAAAGAAGAACAAGAGAGUUUCUCCUUUUCUUGCUCAAGCUGAAAGUAGAAUCUCUAAGGAUGAGAAUGUUGACAAUAAUUUAACUCUUCAUGGCCAUGCGAGAGAAAAGAAAAAGAAGAAAAAAAGUGGCACUUUUACUCUUAAUUUGGAAGAGGAACAAGGAGGCGCCAAUGUGGUUUCUCGUGGGGAUGGCAAGGAGAAGGCAAACAAGAGAAAAAGGAAGAAGAAUGAUGGUGCUAUAUACCCAAACAAGACAAGGGAUACUGUCUCCUCUGAUGCACAAAUGAGAGAUAUAGUGAAGCUGACAGAGAUAAAUGUGGCGUCUGAUGGGAACAUGGCUACUGAUGAUUGUAAGACUUCUGCAAAGAAUUUGCUAAAUGAGCAAAUGGUUGCCCCUAAUGCAGGGAUGAGUUUUGAAGAUGUGCUUUCCAAAUACGCAUACAAAAGUGAUGGCCGGUUGAAUUUUAGGGACAAGAAGAUUCUUGGCGCUCCUCAUUACCCAAUGGUUGUGAAGAAUAUUGAGAAAUAUGAAGAAUCCGAGAAUAAGAUCAGCAAAGAAGCAGAGGGAACGCUUAAAAUCACUGAGAAUGAGGCUGCUCCUUUGCCAGCUAUUCCUUAUGGAAACUCAGGAUCCCAAAUAUCAGAAGUCGGGAAUGUAACUCCAACUAGGAAUAUAGAGAAUGAAAAACCAAACAGCAGAGUCCACAUACAAGUUCGUAAGGUUUCCCCCAAUUUUAAUUUGUCCAUUGGACAGCAAGAAUGCAUGAAAAUCAAACCCCUAAAACCAUGUGAAAGAGUUGGUCUUACAGUUCGAAAUGUCUCCCCCUACUUCCAAAAGGUACCCAAACAAGAAGAAGAAGAAGCUGCAGAUAGCAACAUGAUCGAUAACAAACAUGGACAGAAAAAGUUACCAGAAAAGAAAAAAAGACCAGCUCGGAAGAGUAUUACUCUUUCUGCUGCUGAAAAGCGAAGUGAGGCUUAUCGAAGAAAAACUCCAGACAACACAUGGAAGCCACCACGAUCUGAUUUUGGGCUCCUCCAAGAGGAUCAUGCCAGUGACCCUUGGAGAGUGCUGGUUAUAUGCAUGCUUCUUAACUGCACAACUGGUAAGCAGGUUCGGGGAGUCAUAUCAGAUUUCUUUACUCUGUGUCCUGAUGCAAAGGCUGCCACUGAAGCCAAAACAGAGGAGAUCGAAAAGAUAAUUGUACCUCUAGGUUUGCAGAAGAAGAGGGCAGUUAUGAUACAACGCUUAUCUCAGGAGUAUUUGGCGGAUGACUGGACCCAUGUGACCCAGCUGCAUGGUGUUGGAAAGUAUGCUGCUGAUGCCUAUGCAAUUUUCUGUACGGGAAAGUGGGAUCAGGUGCGUCCCAAAGAUCACAUGCUCAAUUACUAUUGGGAUUUUCUUCACAAGAUCAACAUUGCUUCUUAGGCAUUCGUUUUGUCUAUUUAACUAAUUGGAUGGUUGAUAAGAGACUGCAUAUGUUUUGGACAGUGUCCCACAGUAAUAGGAAAGAAAUAGGAGAAUUUUUGUUUGGAGGAAUAGUUCAGGAGGACUGAAUUAAUUCCCAUUUAUUCUACUUCUGUCCAUGAAUCAACAUUGGGCCUUUUGUUUUAGCCGCCAUAGCAAAUGGAUAUUUUUAUUAAUUUUUGUAAAUGAUUUUGCUACCAAGGAAUGAAAAGAGGAUAGGCGGAGCUUUAUAUGUUUA